CCCCCUCAUCCUCAUCCUCAUCAUCAUCAUCGACAACAUCAUCGGCCUAUGAAUAACACCAAUAGUAGUAGUGGUGGUGUACUGUACUCUACUGGCAUACAGCCGGCUGCGACAGUAGUGGCCACCAGUGGUCAUCAGCCGUUGUUGACACUAAUGAAAGAUCCUAAUCAUCAUCAUAUCAGUAGUAGUCAUCAUAAUAGCGAUAAAGGUGUCGUCGUUGUUGUUGACGACAGCAGCAGCAGAUCCAACAACAGUAGAUCCACUGAUGAUUAUAAACAGAAACGCGAGAAGAAUAACAUCGCUGUCCGCAAGAGUCGGGAAAAAGCCAAACGACGACUGAAAUUGAACGAAAUUCGUAUCAAUGAACUGAUGUCCGAAAACCAACAGCUGAAGAAUCGGGUCGAAGUGAUGGCCCGAGUGGUCGGUGGUUUGCGACUAUUGUUGACCACUUUUGGUUACUCCGAGUCACGAAUCGAUACGAAAGUUACCGAAGAAUUCACAAAUUAA